UUUCAUCACCAGAACGCCUUACGUCCUUCUUUGCUCACCAUUUUGUCAUUUCGCACGCAUCUGCCCUCGAGCCACCCAUCUGCGGACCUCACCAUCUGGCACCGCGUACCCGUCACAUUUGCUGUCUGUGCGUGUUCCCACCUCGACCGGUGAGCGACGAUCCCACCAGCCACAGUCCGAACCUCGCACAAAACAAGCGCCACAAGCAACACAGCGCAGUCGGACACCGUGGAAGCUCUUUCUGCUCGAGCCAAAUCCAAAAUAUACGAAGAGGCAAAUUUUGUCUGCUCUCCCCCUCCUUUCUCCGCCUCAUCCUACGCCACUCAGGUCUAUUUCGUGGUUGGGUUGGAGUAAGAGAUGGCAUAGCGGCGUUGCGGUGACGGGUACAAUUUGAGGCCUCUGCCACCUAAAAAAUCCGACAGCAUGGCGUCAACUCAAGAUGAUGAUAUGUAUUUGUUCCAGACUGGCCUCGGCCAAACCCCAGCAUUUGCUGGUCAAGACUUCGACGCUUUUCUGGAAACUCCAGCUCCAGACCUUGACCAGUCGGCGUCACCUACCGGCUUCCUCAACCCGAACGACUUGACCAUAAAACGGGAAACGGACUCCUUCAGCCCGCUUCCGCACAACGAUGCGUUUGCGCGUGCAUCUAGAGGGUCUGCGUCAGGAUCCAGCAGCUCCUCGUCCGAAGACCCUGCAGACCGCACACGCCAAAUGUCCGCUGCCUCGACAGCGUCCCCUCCAGCACAGGAUACAGUACAGAGCACCUGGGGAAGCGGGAUAAACGGAUUUUCAAUAUCAUCAGAUGAGCCCCUAUUUGAGGACACUGCCAUGGAAGGCCUGGACCAAGAUGUCGAGGCAAGUAAUCAGCAGAUGGCUUCCGACUUCGACUUCGAUACAGCUGCCAGCACACCUAGCGGAUUUGACGCGACGAAUAAAACUAACAAUAUCAAACCAACGCCAAUUAACCCGCCUUUCAAUCGGCAAGUCGAUUUCUCUAGAUUUGGAAAGCAGACUCCGACUGCCCAACUACCGAGUGGGCAACCUCAAUUCUUCUUUGCCGGCUCCAGAGAGGCAUCUCCUCUGAAUGCGAUGCUCCCCUCUGCGCAGGGGCAGUCCCCGUGGAGCAAGCAUUCUCCAUCUUCUGGCUUGGAGGAAACCUUCAAUCACAUCACCAUGAACGGAGACUCGCCCGGUAACGCGACAUUCUCACCUAAUCUACAGUUUUCAACAGCGGGAUUCAGCUUUGAUGCAGACUCGAGCGCAACCCCAUCUACCUUCACCAAAGAUAUCUCUUCUCCGCCAUCCACGGUCAAUUCCGCUGAAGGGUCACCAACCCUGACAGUACAUCCAACCUCGCUCAAAUCCCGCGUAGAGACUCAGAUACCGAUCAAGAUGACCCUCUCAUCACUUCCGGCCGGCGUCAAGAAAUUGAGGCUACCAAGGUACACAGUCUCCAAGCCCAAGUUCCUCGCCAAACCAGAGGUCCCACGCUCGUCAGAAAUUCUGGAGCUUCACACGUCUUUGGUCUGUACGAGUGCUAUGCAAGACAAGGUGAAGUUGCAGCGGGCAUUGGCACGUGCUAGAGGUGAAGAACAGGGUGCUUGUACUCGGUCGAGUCCUGCUUCCCCCGAGUCAAACACCUCGAAAGAUGACGAGGACAAACCUCUGAAUGGUGGUGAGGUUCGCAUUUGCUCAGGGUGCAUCCAACGCGAGAGGAAGAGGGCCUCGAGAAAGAAGCAGAAGAAGCCGGAUGAAGAAGAGCUUUUCCAAAGAGACGAAGAAAAGAGAGUGGUUGUUUUCAACACCAAUGAGGUCAAAGAAUGGGCAGAAGUUCCUCGCGAGUCCAACGGUAACGAAGCGCAAAGUGCCUCUCCUUUAGGAGGAGUUCAAGUGGAGCUACCGAUGCGCAUAGCCUGCUAUUGUCGGCAUCAACACGAGAAAAUGGGGUUCCAAGUGAUAUUCACAAUCAAGGACUGGAAAGACAAGGUCAUCGCUCAAGCCAUGACCAACCCUAUCAUGAUCACAGACGACCAUAAAACUCACAAUCCACCAGCAGUGAUCUCGAAUCAGCCGCCGCCUGUGCCAGGAGCAGGUGUCUUUGCUAGUACCGACCAAGAGAUGCAGCCUCAGAUCCAGGCAGUCAAUCCAAAAAUGUCUAGGCAGGCUUACUCCAUGACCGACCUGCACGCCUUGCAGCAGACCUUCACUCCAACCUUCCCAGUGGCUCCAGCGAACACUCCAUAUGCCAUUCCGUCGGCUGCGUCAAGCCAGGUCGCCAAUUUUACACCACGAAAUCUCUCUAGACCUGCCUCUCCGAGUGGCCCGUCAGGUCCGACUUCGAAGAGAAGGAAGCAAAGUGGCUCCGGAAAGUUGCCAUCUGGCUUGACAAUGACCCGCCUCGACACGUCGCAAGCACUACCUGGGCCUUCAACGAUGCCCAACACAGCCGCGUCGUCUCCGUACGCUCCAAACAUGGUAUCGUUCAUUGGACCAAACGAUCGUGCAUUUGCGAUGCCUCCUGCUGCCCGCCCUGCUCCAUAUAGUAACAGUCCUCCAACGCCCAACGGAGUUGAUCCUUCUUUCGCGGCCAAUAUCAAUCGCUCCAUAAGUCACGAAAAUCUUCCGCGCCAAGUAAUGAUAUCAGCACCACCAUCUCGUCAGCCGAGUAGGCCUGGUAGUCCAGGCUCUGCGAGGAACAGCUUCGGAGCAUCUGACGCUGCCUUUGGCCAAGCGGUCAACAAUCAACUAAUAGGACAACCCGCACGACGGCCGCCGCCCCUGAUACACAAACUAGUUCCCGCUGAAGGAUCCGUGACUGGAGGCACCGAAGUCACACUGCUUGGCAAUGGCUUUUACCAGGGUCUCGAAGUCAUGUUCGGUGACACUGAGGCGACCACCACGACAUUCUGGGGAGAGAAAUGUUUGAAUUGCAUUGCACCUCCAGCUCUGCAGCCGGGCGUCGUACCUGUUGUCUUCAAGCACGAUCACCCACAAUAUUCGUCGAUGCCACAACAAUCCCAGACCCGUCCCUCGCUCUUUACUUAUGUGGACGAUAGAGAAUUGGAGAUGUUCCGUCUGGCGCUGCGUACCCUUGGCAAGCAGUUACAACACCCGACCGAUGAUCCAUACUCGGCCGCCCAGCAGCUUCUGCAAGGACAGUCUCAUUCUAUGUGGCUUGCGCACGGCAAUUAUGGGCUAGGUGGGGGACAUCAGCGCGUACACAGACACAUUGCUGGAGCUCCAAUGGACACGCUCGAGUUAGAAGCCAUGAUGUUGCAGGUACUGGAGCAGAUGGAUUCCCAACGGUUUUUCAGAGACCCAAGGUUUGAUUUGCGCCGCCCGUCUGGUCUCACGCUCUUGCAUCUGGCAGCCUCAUUAGGCCUUACGCGGUUCGUUGCGGGACUGCUCUCGAGAGGAGCAGAUCCCAACAUGGUCGAUAACAACGGCCACACCCCUAUGCACCAUGCUGCAAUGAACGGUCACACUCAUGUCAUACACCGAUUACGGUUGACAGGCGCCAACCACAAAGCCCGCAGCAUCCGCCAAUUUACGCCUGCCGAUCUUGCGACGUCUUUGCUUGCUUACCAGGCCACAAUAUCGCCGAUGGAACAUUAUCGGUCACGGAGUGCUGGAGGAACACCGAUGAGACUGCAUAGUCGGAGCUCGUCUUCUCUUCGCUCCUUCUGGGAGAACGCAUCGAAUCACUACGCCACCACUGACACGGAUGACUCGGACGAUUCAGAUGAUUUUGACGAUGAGACGCCGACCAGAGUGACUUCCGAGGAACCGGAUCUGCCACAAGUCCUGGGGCAGACUAAUCGGAUGCAGACGGUCAGUGUUCCUCCGUCCAGAAGGGGGAGCAUGCCGCCCACGACGGCUCAAGCGUCAGGUUUCCCUCCAGAGGAUAUCUCAAGCGCAGCACCGGCAGUAGCUCCAGCAGCGUUCAUGCUAGCCUGGCGAGAUCAUUUGGUAGCUCAACUACAACAGUUCAACGAGAACGCCCAAUCAGUGAUGCCUAGUCUCGCUAACCUCAAUGCACCUCUGGCCGCUAUUCAGGAGUAUCAGGCAUACCCUAUGAUGCGUCGUGUAAGCGCACUUUUCCCUCAACGCUCAGGCUCUCGACAACCACAACCCGGCCAGCGGGAGGGUUGGUGGGAGACUUUGACGGGCAGGUCAUCACCCCCUGCUCCAUCGUCGCCUCCCGCCUAUAGCGAUUUGUAUCCCGAAGAGAAAGAAGGGACGGACCAGGAUUGGAGUAUCAAAAAGGCUUCUACCCUGCAAGCGGUAGCCGAUGCAGCAACAGACCUUCAGUUUGAGCAGCAGGCAAUCAGCACGAACGCCGAAGGAAGCUCCUCCUCGGGAAACACCGCUGUUCUAACGAAAAAGCCGAUUGAGAAAGUCGAGCUGAGCCGCGAUCGGAAGUUGUUCUUCUUCUGGAUCCCCUUACUUGCGAUUGUUCUAGCAUUGAUGAUCCGGAACUCGGGCCUCACAGAUAUUUUUGCGUUCUCCGGUAGCCGAACACGACCUCUUGCGAAUCAGGAGGCAGUUGGCGUUUUCUAACCUGCUUUGGUCACAGGGGGCAUUGUACGAGUCAAUGGUGUACUGCAGCGAAUCGCAUGAUUUCCAAAGGGAGCGGGACUGACAGAUGGUGGCUACUGGGUAUCCUAGGUAUCUACUCCGCACAGCAUAUGUGAACUAGUCACUAGCAUUGAUAUACAUGAACUUUUUCCUUUGAGAAUAAUGGAAGCGGGAUUGAACUGGAU